AGAAUGCAUGUUGAGUAUAUACGACAGGAACAUGCUAAGUUUUUUGACAGACAUAGUCAUUUGCGUAGAUACAUAGGGUAUGUUUCAGCACUAAGGCGUACACCUGCAGGGCAUUUACAUGCCCUUAUAUUGCAUUGUUGUCUACAUUGCCAAAGCCAGUACCCACUAGUUCUUGAAUGAGUUUCAAGAUCAUCACAAGUCCUGGAAGCCUUCAACAUAUCAUGAACUCAUUAAUGCUCUUGUGGCUGAAUGGGUAAAUCCCCACAGCCACACUCUGAAAUCUAGUGGAAAGCCUUCACAGAAGAGUGGAGGUUAUUAUAGCAGCAAAGGGGAUUGAAUCUGGAAUGGGAUGCUCAAAAAGCACAUAUGGGUGUGAUGGUCAAGUAUUGGUCAAACUUUUUGCCAUAUACACAAUGCAAAAAAAACAAUGUUUUAUGUUUUUCACCAAACACAAUGCAAAAAACAUUUUUAAAAAUCUUAGCAAGUGAAAAUAUCUUGAACAUUUAGCUAGUAUUUUCUAUUAUAAUAUUCCAGUAAACCAAAUAUAAGAUUAUUAAACCUAUUUCUAGGCAUUUUUUUUAGUCAUUUCAAGCUUUAAAUUGUCUUGUGGCAGAUAAUUGUGCUCAUUUUAAGCAGUUAUUUCUAGAAAGAAGCAAAAUUAUCUGCCAAUAGAAUAAGAAAAAAAAUAAAGCUUGAAAUGUGUGAUUACCAAAUGACCUAUGGCACUUUAGAGUCACAGAGCAGCUGUGAGUUGCUGAUCAAGCGAUGUAAUAGGGAAAAUGUAAUAGCAAAGUUAUUUAUUUAUCUUUCAUCCUGUGACAGUUUGGUAUGUGUAAAAGUAAAUUAUUAAUCUUGUGCAAUUAGGAAGUAUAAACAUGAGAGCACAUUAGGUAACAGAGAGAUGAAGAGAUCAGGAAACAUGGAGGGAUGUGAGAAUUAAGGCUUCACAUUAUUUAUUCAUUCCGCAGUAAUAGUUUAUUCUUUACACUGAAAUUACACACAUGGCUCUCUUGGUCCUAAAAAAACACACUGUACGCUUAUUUGGAGGCCCAAAGAACAAAGUAGGGUACUGCUUUGCGCUAGGCAGCACCAUAGAGUCAAAAACUAAAGGCAUCUGGAUGUGGUGCGUUCCACACCCCAUUAAAACAGGACACACUCUGGUGCUGCUGGACACUGAGGGACUCGGGGAUGUGCACAAGAGGUUCAAAGCCAUGGAUGAGCCAGUAUGUCUGAUUAGCAGCGAUUCUGAAGGACGGCUAUGUGUCCUGAAGGAAGCUAAAGAGAUUCUGGAUGGGAUCACUCAGCCAGUUAUUGUAGUGUCUGUGGUAGGGCUUUACCGCACGGGGAAAUCUUACCUCAUGAACCGCCUAGCAGGACAACAAACAGGCUUUGCGCUAGGCAGCACCAUAGAGUCAAAAACUAAAGGCAUCUGGAUGUGGUGCGUUCCACACCCCAUUAAAACAGGACACACUCUGGUGCUGCUGGACACUGAGGGACUCGGGGAUGUGCACAAGGGUGAUGAAAAGCAUGACACAUGGAUCUUCUGCCUGGCUGUCCUGCUCAGUAGCACUCUGGUCUACAACAGCCUUGGGGUCAUAGACAACAAUGCACUCGAGAAGCUACACUAUGUGACAGAACUGACUGAGAACAUCCGAGUGAAAGCACAGAGAGGUGCUGACGAUGAUGACUCAGCAGAGUUCAUGCGAGUCUUCCCCUCCUUCAUCUGGUCUGUGCGAGACUUCACGCUGAAGUUGGAGAAGGAAGGCAGGGCUAUCACAGCUGAUGAAUAUCUGGAAAGUGCUUUGGAGCUUAAAGCUGGUUCUUCCUCUAGUCUUGAGAAGUUCAACCUGCCCAGACGCUGUUUGCGUCACUUUUUCGCAGAACGCCGGUGUUUUGUAUUCCCACGGCCAGCCAGAGAUGAUGACCUGGCAAGGAUGGAGGAGCUGUCUGAGACGGAUCUUGACGGACGGUUUCUGCAGCGUGCUGAGGAGUUCUGCAGCUAUGUGUUUAGCAGUGCCAAGCCAAAAACCUUAACAGGGGGGCGGAUGCUCAUCGGCAGUGCUCUGUGCAGUCUAGCGGAGGUGUAUGUGGAGGCAAUUCGUAGUGGCCGGAUUCCUUGUCUGGAGAAUGCAGUGGAGUCUUUGGCUCGGAUCCAGAAUGAGCGAGCAGUGGAACAGGGCCUGCAGGUCUACCAGAGUCAGGUUUUUGAGUCAGUGUGCUUUCCACUUGACCCAUCUGUACUAUCAGACAUCCACAGAAAAGCAGAGACUGCAGCUAUCGAUGCCUUCAUCAGCAUUUCCUUCAAUGAUACUGAGCAAAAAGCACAGCUGAAGCUCAUGGAAGAGAUCCAGACUGUGUAUCAGGAGCUGUGUGGUCAGAAUUGUGAGGAAUGUUCGAAUGUGUGUAAGAUGGAGCUGACACGGGUGUUUACUCUUCUGGAGGAGGCUAUAAAUGAUGGUUCAUUUAUGCACCCUGGAGGAUACACAGAGUACCGUGAUAAACUCCAGAGCUGCACAAAUGAAUACAGAGCACGCACACAAAAACAGAUGAUGAGUGAGGAAGUGUUGCAUGAGUAUCUGAAGGAGAAGGAUCAGUUUGGGAAUAAUAUUCUUUUAGCUGAUCAGCGCCUGACUGAAGCAGAGCAAUACAAGGAAGUGGAGCGUUUGAAAAAGGAGGUUCUUGAGCAGAAGAACAAAUCUUUAGAGGAGAUGAAGCAGUUUCAAGAACAGACAUUACAGGACCAGAAGAGGACCUAUGAGCAACACGUAACCCAGCUGCUGGAACGCAUGGAGAAAGAGAGUGCGAGAGCAAAGGAGGAUAACGAACGAGUGCUGGAUGCUAAACUUAGAGAACAGAAGAUUCUGAUGGAUAAAGGGUUUGAGGAAAGAGCGGCUCAGAUGAAUGAAGAGAUUGAAAGUCUGAAAGGAGAGAUGAAGAAUGACGACGAGUCACAGCGAUCUACACUCAGUAUGGUAGUGGACGGUAUGGGCAUUGCAGCAAGUCUGUUCCUGCCGGGCAUCAUCCCUAAAGCUGCUGGUUUUGCCGCAUCAUACUUAUCACGAUUGUUUUGAUCGCGAGAAGUAGUUGUACACUGUGGUGCACACAAUUCCGAAUAUUUACUUUCAACUUUUUAACUAGGCAAAUUUGAAAUGAAUAAAAAAAAUCACAAAUCUUCAAACCCAGGGUAAAAAGUGAGCAAAAUGUACAUAAGUUGCUCUCAAAUAGCAACAACUCAAAAGUGGUAAUUAGUAUUACAAUGGAAUUUAAACUGUAUGUAGUUGUAAAUGAGGAUAUGGAUUGAGGCUCUAAUACUAUUUAAGGUAAUAGGAAAAUUUGAUUACAGAGAUGCAUGAUGGGCUUUUUGUUCAUCAGUAUUUUUUAUUGUUUCAGUUGGAAUCAUCUUAGAUUUAAUCCUUUACAAUUUUUAACCAUUUUAUCUGUUCCUCUAUCAAGUUAUGUAGUCUCUUCUAACAGUAAUUUGAAGAAAAUUAUGGUGAUGAAGCCUUUAAAAGUUAUCACAGAAAUUUUCAUAAUAAGUAACUUCCAUUUUAUUAGACCACAAUCUAAUAUGUACUCCAGCAGUGUGACUUAGGUUCAAUUAGUUAGGUUCAAUUGUAGAGUCAGACUUGAAUUUAUUAUUUUUUUUAAAUACUUUUUUUUUUUAAUUCUGUGCUUUUACAAUUAAAAACUUAUGUUACAUUAAGUUAUGCUGAGCACCUUUGUCACUGUUUGUCAUGUGCUUGUUUUGCCCUUUUUGACUCCUAUACAAAAUGCACUGAUUUAAAAAUAAAGCUAUAUUCAUGAGUGGGUUUUUUUUUCCCCAGACUAAUCAAUCUCUAGGAUCUUGACUUGGAAAUUGAAAAAAGAAUUUAGGGUGACAUAACUGGGUAAUUAUUCCUACUAGCAGGGACAUCUUUGAUUUAUUCAUUCUGUCAUCAUAUCUUUUCCUUUCACCCACUAUUUUUAUGGCCAAGUGCCAUUUUACUGUUGACACAUUUACAUACCUUCCCUUUUAUUAACAAUUUUCCAAUGCUCUAAUUCCUCACUAUUCUUGCAAAUUUUCUCUGCUACUAGAAUUCUGGUUUAAUGUGAUAUAUCAGAUCUAACCUGAUGGUAAUUCCAAUAAAUGUCGGGUAAAAUACACAUUAUUGCUGAAUACCUUUCAACAAAACAUUGGCUCAUGUGCUUGUCCACUGCUGUGUCCAGUGUUUUUUGUUUUUUCCUGUUCGUUUUAAUUUGUGAUAUUAAUACCUUUACAUAUACUUGUUUAUAUACAGCAUUUAUACACACACCUCAUUUUCACUUAUUUAUUGUUGUGCAAAAUGAAACAUUUUCAUAUGUCCAACAUAUGUCCUAAAUACAUUUCAAAGCUAGUAAGUGAGUAUUAUGUUCUUUUGUUUUGUUUUUCACUGAAAAUGAAUAUGCAGUAUUUAAAAAAAAAAAAAAAAUCAUCCUACUCAACAGGAAAUGCAAUUGCUAUCAUUUUGAAAUAAACAUGCAUUGGCAUUAAUGGUUGUCCUUUUCAAGACAUUAAAGUAUAAAAGCAUCAAAUAUAGAUUUGUGUGUAUUGUAUGGUUGAACUUUAUCCUGGUUAUAAAAAUCUAUACAAUCUACUAAUUCUAUAAUGUAAAUAAAAUUAUUAACCCAAAUAAAAGUGUGCACUAGAUGAUUUAA